UUUUAUUUCUUUAUUUUAUUUAUUUCAUUGCGAUGUUACUACUAAAAAUUGUAUUGGUAAUAGUGAUAGUUAUAAUAAUACGAGUGAUAUUUAUUUCAUGGCAAUGUUUGCCUUGUGUGUUUUCCUUGAUUCCAUCAUGUGUGCUGUUUUCUCUGUAAUGUCUGUAGUGCGUGGCUCCGCCACGGAGGGGAGAGGAGGGGAGAGGAGGAGGAAAAGGGGUGGAGGAAAGCUGGGAGUUGUCCACAAAUCGAACCAUUGAUUGUCCAUCCAAUGAUCGUUUGUCUGCAUUUAGAAGGGUCGGAGCUUAUAAUUUGAAUAAGCGAGUCUAGAAAAGCCGGUGCCGGGCUCUAUUAUUCAUUAGUCAGUUUUAUUCGAAGACGAGAUAGUUAUGCCUGAGGCAGCCAAGUCCGCACCAAAAAAGGGAUCCAAGAAAGCCGUGACCAAGACGGCUGGUAAAGGAGGCAAGAAGCGCAGGAAGUCCAGGAAAGAGAGCUAUGCUAUUUACGUGUAUAAGGUACUGAAGCAGGUCCACCCCGACACCGGUAUUUCCUCCAAAGCGAUGGGCAUCAUGAACUCGUUCGUCAAUGACAUCUUCGAGCGUAUCGCUGGUGAGGCGUCCCGUUUGGCUCAUUACAACAAACGCUCCACCAUCACCUCCAGGGAGAUCCAGACCGCCGUGCGCCUGCUUCUUCCCGGUGAGCUGGCCAAGCACGCCGUGUCCGAGGGCACCAAGGCCGUCACCAAGUACACCAGCUCCAAGUAA